CGGCCGGCCGCGCCGGGGGCCGCCGCGCUCGCCCGCCUCCCGCCGCGAGGUCGCCGCAGACAUGGACACCAAACAUUUCCUGCCGCUCGACUUCUCCACCCAGGUGAACUCCUCUUCCCUCAACUCCCCCACGGGGCGCGGCUCCAUGGCCGCCCCCUCGCUGCACCCCUCCCUGGGGCCCGGCAUCGGCUCCUCGCUCAGCUCCCCGGGACAGCUGCACUCGCCCAUCAGCACCCUGAGCUCCCCCAUCAACGGCAUGGGCCCGCCCUUCUCGGUCAUCAGCUCCCCCAUGGGCCCCCACUCCAUGUCCGUGCCCACCACACCCACCCUGGGCUUCGGCACCGGCAGCCCCCAGCUCAACUCGCCCAUGAACCCCGUCAGCAGCAGCGAGGACAUCAAGCCCCCGCUGGGCCUCAACGGUGUCCUCAAAGUCCCGGCCCACCCCUCAGGGAACAUGGCGUCCUUCACCAAGCACAUCUGUGCUAUCUGCGGGGACCGCUCCUCAGGCAAGCACUAUGGGGUGUACAGCUGCGAAGGCUGCAAGGGCUUCUUCAAGCGGACGGUGCGCAAGGACCUGACCUACACCUGCCGGGACAACAAGGACUGCCUGAUUGACAAGCGGCAGCGGAACCGGUGCCAGUACUGCCGCUACCAGAAGUGCCUGGCCAUGGGCAUGAAGCGCGAAGCUUGUGGGCGCGCCGCUCGGGCCCUGGCGGCGGAGGGGCUGCCGCGGGGGCUGCGGGCUGACAAGCAGCCUCCCCGUGCCUCAGCUGUGCAGGAGGAACGGCAGCGGGGCAGAGACCGGGCUGAGAACGAGGUGGAGUCCACGAGCAGCGCCAGCGAGGACAUGCCAGUGGAGAAGAUCCUGGAGGCCGAGCUGGCCGUCGAACCCAAGACCGAGACGUACGUGGAGGCAAACGUGGGGCCGAACCCCAGCUCGCCCAAUGACCCUGUCACCAACAUCUGCCAAGCGGCCGACAAGCAGCUCUUCACCCUGGUGGAGUGGGCCAAGCGGAUCCCGCACUUCUCCGAGCUGCCCCUGGACGACCAGGUCAUCCUGCUGCGGGCAGGCUGGAACGAGCUGCUCAUCGCCUCCUUCUCCCACCGCUCCAUAGCCGUGAAGGACGGCAUCCUCCUGGCCACCGGGCUGCACGUCCACCGCAAUAGCGCCCACAGCGCGGGGGUGGGCGCCAUCUUUGACAGGGUGCUGACGGAGCUGGUGUCCAAGAUGCGGGACAUGCAGAUGGACAAGACGGAGCUGGGCUGCCUGCGCGCCAUCGUCCUCUUCAACCCCGACUCCAAGGGGCUCUCAAACCCGGCCGAGGUGGAGGCGCUUCGCGAGAAGGUCUACGCGUCCCUGGAGGCGUACUGCAAACACAAGUACCCCGAGCAGCCAGGAAGGUUUGCCAAGCUGCUGCUUCGUCUGCCGGCCCUGCGCUCCAUCGGCCUCAAGUGCCUGGAACACCUCUUCUUCUUCAAACUCAUCGGGGACACGCCCAUCGACACCUUCCUCAUGGAGAUGCUGGAAGCCCCGCACCAAAUGACUUAGGCCCGUGGCCCGUCCUUCGCACCCGCUGGUCCGGCCGCCCCGCCCGGCUGCCAGCUGCUCUUCUCAGCCGAGCCUGUCCCGCCCCUCCUCUGCCUGGCUGUUUGGACUUGGGGGCGCGGCCUGUCACUGCUAAGCCUGAGAUGUGCUGCCACCCUCGUUAUUUUCAGUACUACUCGACUGGACCGGGCAGUGGCCCUGCUGGGGUGGCAGCCGGAGUGGCAGGAACUGGUGUGAGCGCCGGGGGAGCCCGGGCGGCUCACGGGGUCUCAGGCCCCCGCCCCCGGAGCUACAGCGGUCAGAGGGUGGCUUUGUUCCGUCACUGUUCUGUUGUCGCUGGGUUUGGAAAUAUCCCGUGCGAGGUCCUCUGUUUGCAGGGAUCCCUCUGCCUCCUGUGUGUGCUGGCAACCUGCCAGCCCGGCCUCACCCACAAUCGGGAGGAGGGGACAGGUGCGGGGGGGGGGGGUUGGCAUUUCAUUGCAAAAGACCCCACGUGCCCCCUGGGAGGACGGGAGGGGCUCUGGGGCAAGCAGCCUUGUCUCCCCUCAGAAUGAAGGGUGAGCAACCCGUUUCCAAAGAUGACUUUCAACUUUGUCCCCGAGCCAAUCAGAACAGAAGCUGACCUCUGCGCAGGGUUUGGGGGCCACCUCAAGGCUGCAGGGGCUGGAGUCACCUGCCCACCCCACCCCACCCCACCCCUCCUCAUUUCUCUCUUUGCAUUGUCCUGGUUUCAGCUUCUUCUCCCACAUGGUCCUGUCCAGCCCUGGGUAACCAACACCCCCCCCCCCCCAAAUCUUCCAGUCUGUGCAGAGGGCCAAGGCUGACCCCACUCCCCAGUCCUGGAGGGCUAGCCUGGUCUCUGGCCCUCCUGGAAGCACUGGGGGGGCCAUGCCGACCUGGGCUCUGCUGACCUCUCAAGGGCAGAGGUCACCACCAAGGAGGCCCACAGGGACGGGAGGAGAGGAGAGUCACUUUCCCCAGAGGGUCCUCGGGCAGCUGUGCACGUUGAAGGAGGGACCUGUGGGCACAUGGCUCGGGGGAGGGGGCAGAUGGUCCAUUCUGGAGCGCUCUGGGUAGAGAGGCCCCUUUGCUGGCUGUUCUGUCCAGAGGACUCUUGGGGUCAGGAACCGUUGAGUGCCAGCACCCUUGGGCCGGGGCUGGGUGCCCCUCGGGGACAGCCAGCCCGGCUGUUGUCUUGGCCGGCUGAUGGAGCCCUUUGUGGGAGCUCCAUCAACACCUGCUCUGGUUGAGGGCACCCCACCCAGCCCUGCACCGGCCCCUGAACCUUUCACCCAGCCCAGGCAGGCAGGCCCUCUGCCCCUGGGGCAGGGGCGGGGGUGGGGUCUCUCAGGUUGAACUGGCCUCUUUUGCACUGUAAUGCCGUCUCUUUGGUCCGAGUACUUUCCAUUUUCACGCCUCGUACUCCCUGAACCCAGCAUUUGUCAGUCGUGGGGGCCUGAGCCGGGCCGGGGCCGGGGGUAGGCGUUAGGGAGGAGUCCUGUCUUCUCAGCCCAUCAGGGGCAUGCUCUGCGCUGCCUGUCUUCUUCCCGCCGCUCCCCACCAGAGAGGCCCCAGAGCGGGGGUGGGCGUGGGGGCUGUGGAUGCCCUCCCCCCAGGUCUGUUCCCCCAGGUGCUGCAAGGGUGCCCCUGGGGCUGGAAGGGGAGAGGCCGGCCUCCAGGCCUCUAGGGAGGAGGGAGUCCAUUCUUUGCCCUCCGGAGUCUGGCCCGAGCUCAGUGUGAGGCACCUGGGCAGAGGGUGUGGAAGCUUCCACAAACACGUCCUUUCUCUGGCACCCCACCCCGCCCUUAACUUGGUGGCGCAGGCGAGGAGUCCCCUGCCACACAGGCACCCCCAGCCCCGUCCACCAUCUGAGGCAGAGACGGGGCGAGCCCACGCCUACCUAGUUGUCCCUCUUCCCAGACUCUCCCUGAAAGUCUUGGCAGUCUUUGGGGGCGUGCUUGUGUCAGGCAGAGGGACGCCGGCACCCUCAGGGGCCUCCCUCUGGGACCCCCUCCCCCUGGGAACGUAGACCGCCCCCCGGCCCACCACCCUGGUGCCUUCUGCAGCCAGAUGCACCCUGUCCGCACCCAGCCCCCUCCCGCUCCCCUGGACCCCUCGGGAACGUGGUGGCUCCAGUGGGGAGAACCCAGGAUGGGCGCUUUGCUGGGGGGUCGGCCUCGUGGGCUGGCUGCUCGUAAGGCACUGAGGUCCCCAGGCCGCCCCCUCCCAAAGCCAGAAAUCCCCUGGCCCCUCGCCGCUCAGCCUUCCGCGGCCCCGCCGGCACGGCAGCGUCUUGGGUUCUUGGGGCUGCCCUUUCGUCUUCUCCUCGGUCCGCUGUCAUCGAUGUUGUCAUGCAGUGCUGUUUGUUUGAAAGAUGAUGGUGGGGAAACGGCACAUUACUCAGUAGAGAGGUAGGAUUUUUAUUUAACCAGACCUUCAGUAGUAUUACCAAUCUGGUUCAACUAAGGUGAUUUUUUGUAAUUAUUAUUAUUAUUAUUAUUA